UCCUAAGUGACCAAAAUGACCCUCCCCCAUCUGAAACCCUAAUCUUUUCCCUAAUGCGCCUCUUUUCUAACUUUCUCCAUGGCAGAAGAUUAUUUUGGCACCUUGCCCAUUUUGGUCUAUUUUCAGCCUUUUCAUCAGCCAUGUCCAGGGCUUGCACGUCUUAAUUCAAGUAAAGCUUUUGCUUUUGGUUUAUUUCAGUUCUUGAAAGAGAUACUUUCGAAAUCUCUGUAUGAAAGGGAGUCAAAAAUCUCCGGUUCAGACCAAGAUUCCUCCAUUUCGAGUAAGAUUUUAAAUCAAAUCUUCAAUACAAGAUAAUUCUUGGUGAGUUCGAGCAAAGUUGACUCGCGUUUACCUCUAUACUUCCCUUUACGUUUUCCUUUUUUAACAAAGACAUAUGAUUUUGCUCUGCCCAAAAAAUCACCACGAGAUUGGCCAUUUUCUACCGUUUGCAAUCUCUAUUUUCAAAUUCUCGCGCAAAAUUCGACCUUGAGAACCCUAGCUCACAGCUAUAAAUAGGAACCUUUAGCAUUCAUUGGGAGGGGGGGAAAGAGCCACGAUCUCACCUUUACAAAAAAAUGACAAGAAAUAGCCAUAUAUCACUCCAAACCACUAUAUUUUACCUUUCUGUUUUUGAGAUUCUGGUUAACCUUAAAGCGUUCCAGCUCGUCGGUUUCUUUUGAGCGUGAAUCCGGGACCUAAAAGCUCUAGUUUACUGUACCCGAAAAAGGAUGGAUUUCGUCUCCCAGAUUCCCAAGAUUAAGAUGGUCAGUGGCGUUCCAAGCAAGCUGAGGAUAUGGUGAGAAGAUUUGGACCUUGGUAGUAGACUGGCUGUUACGAGGAGGUUGAGGUUCCUCACUUCACUGUUCCAGAUCACUCCCAAUAAACAUGUGAUUAGAGCAUUACUUUAAUUUUGGGAUCCAAAUCGAGUUGUUUUCAAAUUUAAGGACUUUGAACUCACUCACAUUGGAAGAAAUCAGUUAUUUCACUAAUUUGAAAUAUCAAAGGAGAGGUCAGAUUAUCCCACACAGUCGAUCAGGGAAGAAAUUUCUCCGCUACUUAGGGUUGAAGAACACUAAAAAACUCCGAUGCUUCGAGAAUAAUUGGUUCUCUUUGGAUUACUUGUAUGAGAGGUACAGUCGUCAAGAUGGUCACAAGCUGUUCAAGAAGGAAUUCUCAUGCACUCUCGCCCAUUGGCAAGUUAGACGUCCCAUUGUCUUUGUUGUUGCCUUACUUGGGACUUUGGUAUUCCCACGUGAAUAUGGGAGGAUCAGUACUUGCAUAUGUUUCGUGGCUCGAGCACUUUUUGAAGGAAUUAACGGCGCGCAACUCACCUUGGUUCCCAUGAUUUUAGCAGAAAUACUUUGAGCUUUAGGAAAGUGUAAAAGAGGUGAAACAAAUUUCUUUGAGGGUUGCAAUCUUCUCCUACAGAUGUGGGCAAUGAAACAUUUUUACCAACGUCCGAAUAUGGCAGACAUAUGUUUCAGUGAAUCAAACAAAAUUGAUAGUUUUUAUGAAAGAAUGAAACUGUUUGUAUCUCCAGUUGGCACUAAUGAUUGGUACGAGUUCUUGAUUUCCCGCACUGGCGGCCAAAUCCAGUGGAAAUACCCCUUGCUAUCACGUACCACGGCCUACAUAAGAGGUAUGAGACUUUACUUUAUCGAGCUUACUGGGUUGAAAGGACUCCAGCCAUACGCUCCAGUACGCGUACUUCGACAGUUCGGUAUAGAUCAAGUAAUACCUCUCCAAGCUAAUAUGAGUGGUUUUGAAAUCCUCUUUGGGUCAAAUUUUAGUGUUUCUAGAGCUGGCCAGAUUCUUGAUGAAUGGGAUAACAUUAAUCCAAUAAGUAUUGGUGUUGGACCGGCAGAAGGUAUUCCAGAAUAUUAUGCGUGGCUUCAGGAAGACUAUGGUAACAUAAAUCCUAGCCCAGCAGGUGAAGCAGGCUUCGAGGAUAUUGGGAAGACAAUUUGGAAAAGACAUUCUCGCUUGGGGACCAUGGUUAUCACUCCCGAGAUGUGGGCUCAGAUGGCUAAUAUAAUGCAGUAUUUGGAGAAUGCGGGAGCAGGGCCUAGCAAUGAUGGGGCAUCGUUUUCAUUUUCGCCGCCAGCGUGAUCAACUGCAAAAGAUCUAGGCCAAGUCUUAGGAUUGUUUUACAUUAUGUCAUCUUUUAUGUAUUCCAGUUUAUUGUCUCAUCAAUGUACUCGCUUUUGUUAUUUCAAUGAAACUUGGCUUUUUAUUUCCAAA